GGACGAAUGAAAGCUGAUAAGAAAUGGACUUAUUGUUUGAUGCUCGCCAGAGCUAGAUGGAGGUUGCUGUUCAAGUCCUGUACAUGUGCGUCUUCCUUGCUUUAUCCUCAUGUUCGCUUCACAGCUUGCUGUGCCGAUCAAGCGCACGAGUCACGUUAAUCACGUGUGGUAGUCCUGUUAUCAAGCGAGCCCGCAUUUCUAUCGUUCUUCACCCGCCCUUAUCUCCAUUGCCAGCAAGAAAUAUCUCUGAGACUCGGAGACCACGUGUCUCGUACAUUAUCUCAGCACGCAGUUCCCGUAUCUCUGCAAACAUCUCCCGGUUGACAACCAUUUACCAAUAUCGAUACCUCAAUGACUCAAUCAUCAAGCAGGAACGCACUAGUACUGCUUGGAUUCUUGAACAUCUUUUUCUCGCGCGAAUCAGGUAUAUGCUCUGCACCAUGAGCUCAGGGCAUGAAGCUGUCAAGCGCCAUCCUUAUCCGAGAGUCUAUGCGCUACUGAAGAAGACUCUUCCCCUUCCUCGCUUCUCCGUGCAGAGCGGCAGUGCCUUCUCCAUGUGCGCAAAUUUCUUCCUUUCCGAAUCUGCACCACAGAUUAGAUCAUCACCGAUUUACUGCUCUUGCCUCGAGUCUAUCUAA